AUGGGUCUCCCUUCCCAACUCCUCGUCUCCGCGUCUACAAGGCACCUCACCAUGAGUCUCCUCGCGUCGCCUGCCGCGGCUGGGAGCCCGCCCUCGCUUGCGCAGGACAGCCAAUCCUGCGAACCAUUUCUCUCUCCCCUCCGCUCGUCGGUCGGCGCCUCCGUGUCUCGCUGUGCUGCGAAGCUCGGCGCGCUACCCGCCGACGCGGACGACUGGCGGCACGCGGCGAGGCCCUCUGGGGAGCUUCAAGGCGCCGACGAGAACUCUUUGGCGGGUGCGAACUUGGUGUCGCCGCAGCCUUCUUCGCUGACGCGAGGCCGCAGAAAGAAGUCGUGGCUACUGAGCCAGCUGCCGAACAAGACCGAUACGCCUUCCGCAGAAUCUACGGCGAAGAAGUGCAAGCGAGAGGGCACCCGCGCAGAGCCGUCGCGGGUGCUCUCUCCGUCCCUCCCGAGGCAGCCCGCGCCGCUGCGGCGCCUCUCUGUGUCGUCGUCCGCGUCGGUUGCGUCGUUCGCCGCUCCUUCUGCGUCGUUCCCCUUGCCCGUGCUUCGCUCGCCCUCCGCGGCUUCUCAGUGCAGCGAGGAUCGCGCGGCUCUCUGCACACCAGACCGGCAGCUGGUGAGGACGGCGGCCUCAUCUAUUCCGCCUGCGUCGCUCCCCGCCUCGCUGCCUUUCCCGCUCCACUGCGCCUUCUCGCAGCCGCUCGCCUCCAUCGCCACGCCGUCGGCGAAGGGGGACGACGAUGAGCCCCUCGCGUCGUUCUCGCAGGAAGACGAAGGCGGCCUGUGCCUCCGCUCGCGGUCGCGCGCUGCGCUCGCUCGCAGCAUUUUUUCUUCUCGAAAGCGCACGCCCUUCUACGCCUCACCGUAUCUCCUCCCCGCGCACUCGCUACCACGGAGAUCGCAGGCUGACCCCAGCUCGACGCCCGGCGCAGCGAGGCUGAACGCGUGGGACUUCGGCUCGCAGGACCUGCAGAGCGGAGUCCCAGACCGAGCAGAGGCGACGGAUGAGGAGGAGCCGCGGAGCGGAGAGAUGCCGCUCUCGCUUCUUCAGGGUGCUGUGCUGUCCGCAGCGACCGCCCGGGAGGCCCUGGGCGAUCGGCCUGCGGAGGAGGGAGCCGACGGGGCAGCCGGGGGGGGGGGGCACCUGCCCCCCUCGCCUUCGUCCUGCUCUUGUUCUCUCAGGAGCGCCCACAGAAGGCGGUCAGCGAGCUGCGGCGCGGCGCUGCCUCCCUCUCCGUCCUCCUGGUCAUGCUCGUCUCGCUCCUCGCAGCCCUGUCUCCUGCUGCCGGCGCGCGGACGCAAGUCGGCUGCGGCUCUUUCCGCCGCGUCUUCUGCAGAGGCCACUCACCUUCCGCCCUCCUGCGCGUCUCCUCCGCCGUCCCUCCCGCGCCGCCUCGCAGCCGUGGAGCCUGUGGCUGCCCGCGGCGGUCUCUCGCGCCUGCCCGCGGACGGGGGCUGGGCUGAGGGGCCUGGAGGCCCGUGCGCGUCGCUCUGCCUUCCUCCGCAGGCCAGCGUAUCGCUCCACUCCGCCUUCCUCGCUCCCUGCGAAGGCGAGGCGACCCGUUCCUCCGUGGUGAGGGAUUCGAGACGUAGCGAGUCGAGGCUGAGCACGUGCGCGCUCUGUCCUUCACCGGUCCUGUCGUUCUCCCCCUCCCCGCAGAUCGGCAGCAAGCGAGGUGACUCGCUGCAGGUCGGCGAGCCUCUCUCCAAGGGCGCCUCCUCCUCCUUCGUCGCUCGCUCUGUGCGGCGCGACGACUUCUCUCACGGCGCUCCUUCGCCCUCCUUCCGCUUCUCUUUCGCCGCGUUUUUCCAGCGCGCCGCGAGACCUGCGCCGCUGUCUGCGCAGGGCGGCCAGGCAGCGAGAGGCGAAGACAGCGAAGCAGAAGCACGAGAGAGGGGCGGCGCCGCGCUUCCGCGCCCGGCGUUCCUUCCCGCUGCGGAUGUUAGAGAGAGUGCUGUAGAGGCCGAAGGCGCGGCGAGGGGCGAGGCGACCGCCGCACAGGACGGGCCUGAGAAGGGGCCGGGAGACCGGGAGGACGGCAAUGGCCGAAAAAAGCGGAGGAUGUCCAUCGGCGACCUCUUCUAUCUCGCGUCCUCCGCAGUUCGUCGUCUCUCGAAAGGCAGACUAGCGCAGCCGAGCGCGACGCUCGUGGCUACGGAGGGGGUGGCAGCGGAGGGAGCGGCGCUGCAAGAAGAUCGCCGGGCGGCUGCGCAGCAGGCGGAAGGCGGCGAACGAGCUACGCAAGAGGCGGAGGGGAGUGGGGAAGACCGCGGAGAAGAGAGAGAGAAAGGUGGGAAGGCGGAAGAAGGCGCUUCACAGCAAUGCGCAGAAGGCGCAGCGGAGUCCCCGCGCGAACGAGCGGAAGGAGAUGAGAGCCAAGUCACAGGGGAGACCCCCGGCGAAGAAAAGCAGAACGAGGAGAAAAACAAGUCAGCGGAAGGAGAGGCGAGUCGACAUUCUCCUCCUUCCGGGGUCGAGACCGACUCUCCUGUCUGCGUUCUGACUGGCGACCCAGGAGAGGGACUCGAAGAUUGCGCAGCGGACGUGUGCCUUCCUGUUCCCGCUGCAAACGGGAUGCCCUCGUCUUCUCCGCUGUCCUCCUCUCCUCCCCCUUCAUCUCUCGACUCUGCUUCCUCUCCUCCUUCUUUCACCUCUGAACCUUCCGCGACGCCUUCGUCUCCUCUUUCUGGCGCAGCUGCGCCGCCGUCCAUCGCUCCGUUGCCCUUCUCUGCGGCUUCGCCUCCCUCGGCGGUCGGGAGUCAGCCCCUGGCUACCUUGCCGCCUCCUCUGUGUCGCAGCAGGCGCCGGCGAUCCAGCGGCGCGGCAGCGCUGCGCUUCUUCAACGCGCACGCGGGCGCCAUGUCUUCCUUCCGCGCUUCGCUCUUGAACAGACAGCGAACUGAAGACAGCGGGACGUCUGUCGGUCUUCGAGAAGACGAGCGAAAGGCAAGCUGCAAGCGGCUGAAGACUGGCGCAGGAGAAAACGAAAACGGCGUGCGAGAUAGGCCGCAGAACGGAGAGCUCGACACAGAGGAGACAGGCGAGCAGACAGACCCUGCGGAAUGCGAAACGAAUGUGCGACGAGAAGUCAAUGGAGGAGAAAGAGAGGGAGGGAAGAAGACCGAAGAAGAGAGAAGAAGACUGGAGUUGAGGCGCUCCCAAGCAGGAGAGGAAGACGACGAGCUGCUGACCGCCGCUCUCUGCUUCUUCGGCCCCGCUCUCACUGAAGAGGAAACGAAGCAGAUGCGACAGAAGGCGCGCGAGGAAGAAGAAAGAAAGCGACGCGAGGAAGAGGAGCGGAGGCGACAAGAAGAGCAGCGGCUGCGAGAAGAAGAGGAGAGGCGGCGGAUCGAGGAGGAAGCGCGGAGGAAGCAGGAGGAACUUCACAGACAAGAAGAAGAGAGGCGAAGGCGCGAACAAGAACAGCGGAAGAAGGCCGAGGCGCAGAAAGAGCGGCUGCGAAAACAGAAAGCCGAAGAAGCCAUAGCCCCUACCUGUGGCCGCGUGGUCCAGCCCGCCCCUCUCGCGCCCUCUGCGCCUUUCGCGUUCGGCGCCGCGAAUUUGCCUCUUCCUUCCUCGCGUCCCACGGCUUCCUCCAAAGCUGCUGCCUCCCCGGCUCUUUGCUUCGGAGCCGCUCCACCUGCAUCUCCCGCGGUGCCCGCACCCGGCGUCGCAGGAGCGUCCUCCGAGGCCUCUCAGCAGAUCGCGGGGCGUCUCCCGCGCCUGCGCAUUCGGCGCACGUUGCCGAAUAAUCCAGCCGAGGCUGGGUGCGAGGCUUCGCCUCCGCCUCCUGCUGGCUCGCUGCCUGCCUUUCCCCCCGCGGCGUCGCAGCAUGCAGCGCCGCCUCUCUUUGGCGGCGCUCAGCCGCUGCAGGCCCCCGUCGCGGCCUCCCCCGGCGCGCCCUUCUCGCCUCCUCUUCUCGCCGCGCCGAGUGCGGCCUCCCCGCCCGCGUUGGCUCUGUCUCCUGCGCCGGCACCGUUCGCACCCCCAGCCCCCGUCGCCGCGCCUGUCUCCGCUGAGAACGGGCUGGAGGCGGCGGGCUUCGGCAGCGCGAACAUCUUCUGCGCCGGCGGCCAGGCGCCAGGCGUCCCGAGUGCCUUCGCGUUCAAGCCUGGCGGAGGCUUCCGCGGCCGGCGAGGAGGAGGACGCAGAAGGUAG